UUCCCACGGGCGGUCAUUGAGGGGAGCGCGGCAGGCGGCGAGGCGCUGGGAGCCGUGGGGAAGCUGAGGAGCCUGAGGCUGGGAACCAAAAGCUCUGGUCUUCUGCUUCUGUUCCUUCCUCCUUUUCCUUCCAGCUGCCAGCAGCCCAGAAGCCAAAGAUCUUCUUCAUCCCUGCUUUGGAGAAUGUCUGGUUUGGUAGAUGAUGUGCCCUGUGUGAACUUUGAAGCCAACAUAUUUGCAAAGAGCCUGUGCCAGCACUGUUUCCGAGCUGCAGGAGCUCACCAGCAUGCUCUCCAGGAGCAUGUUGUGGAUGUCACAGGGUGCAAUGCUGGCAGCGAUGCAGACUCAAGCGGGCCCUGGGAUGCCCUUCACAUUUUAGCCCCCCAGUGCGAGGUAUACGUGUCCGUGGGCCCAGUGGAGGAGACAGAGAGCUGGCACGAGAGCAGAGGGUAUCCCCCACUCAGCCCCGGAGCUGAGAGUGAGCACAGAGAAACUGGCACCGACCCCAGCGCCUGUGCCGAAGCCAACUCAGCGCUUGCCAGGCCUACAAAAACUACAGUUCCCAAUUGCAGAGAUCUGCCUUAUCUUGUCUCCCAGGAGGGGGAAAUGACCUGGUUGUGGGACAACACUUUGGGAUCAGGCAAACGAGACAUAAUGAGCUACAUGGGCCACAAGGAAGAGGUGUGGCCGCGAGUCCCACAGGCAGACAGACCCAGGUGGGCUCAGCCCGUUCCCUCUGGAUCCUGGGUGAGAACUGAGGCCCAGGGCUUUAGGGAAGAAAUCUGCCCACUGAAAGCAGAGCACCGUCCUGCCAGCCAGAAGCCCAAGGAGAGCUGGCCAAAGCACCGCAUAGAGAGCGGCUAUUUCUCCCUGGAGCGCCAGAAAACCAACCCUCCCUGGGCAUCCAACCCACCGCGUGCCACCAUCAGCUCCUCGCUAGCCCGCAGCAACCCAUCGGUUGGCAGUGGGCAUUUCACCAGCUCCCAGGUUCAGGAGCAUCACAGGCACUCUGGUACUGGAGGCACGGAAGGGCGGCACGGACUGGAGAGGCAGGAGUACACGGUGCUGGCAGACCUGCCCAAGCCCAAGCGCCUCGGCCAGCGGGAUGCUGUCGACCGCUGCAGCUCCCGCACGCUCAGCCCCGGCCGGGUGGAAGUGGAGAGGAUAUUUGGCUCCGAACGCAGGAAAUCGGAGACCCUGGAGGCCUUCCAGGCCCUGGAGGAAGGCCGCGUGGACCGGCUCGAUGGCAAGACCCCGGUGCCACCCAGCAAAGGCGGCCUAGUCCGGAGGCAGUCCAGCCCCAGCCUGCCCAGGGAGGGUCAGCGGCUCUCCUGGACCCUUGAGCAGCGCAGCAAAGACCCCAGGGAGUCCCUGCGUUCCCCUAGCCCAGCUCGGCACCCUGAAAAGUCCAGCAGGAACCGGGGGGAUCCCCUGUGCCCUGCCAGCCCCAGUUGUCUGCUGGAGAAAGGCAGACGGAGCCCACGCUCUGCAAGCCCAGCCCGCCAAUCGGAGAGGAGGACAGGGCAACCUGUGAGUCCUCCCUGGCACUUGGACAAAAGCUGGAGGAGCCAAGGGGAGCACACCCGCCCCUCAAACUCAGAGAGGGGCCCAACCACUGGGCAGGCUAGGGGUACAGGGCAAGCCCCGGAGAGGAAGAACCGAGGGGAUUCCCUGUACCCCAUGGGCCUUGGGAAGGGCUUGGGUAACAUUGGGCUGAGCCAGGCAGGGCCACCACCACGGUCCCUCAGUCCUGGGAGACAUGCAGAGAGCACGUGGAGAAGCCAAAAGGAGAUCUCAUCACCGCCACGAUCCCUCAGUCCUGGAAGACGUGCAGAGAGCACAUGGAGAAGCCAAAAGGAGAUCUCAUCACCGCCGCGGUCCAUCAGUCCUGGGAGACGUGCAGAGAGCACAUGGAGAAGCCAAAAGGAGAUCUCGUCACCGCCGCGGUCCAUCAGUCCCGGCAGACGUGCAGAGAGCACACGGAGAAGUCAAAAGGAGAUCUCGUCACCGCCGCGAUCCAUCAGUCCCGGGAGACAUGCAGAGAGCACAUGGAGAAGCCAAAAGGAGAUCUCGUCACCGCUGCGGUCCCUCAGUCCUGGGAGAUGUACAGAGAGUACAUGGAGAAGUCAAAAGGAGGUCUCACCACCACCACGGUCCCUCAGUCCUGGGAGAUGUACAGAGAGUACAUGGAGAAGCCAAAAGGAGAUAUCGCCUCCCAGCCUGGUGCGGGGGGCAGAGAGGCAACAGGUGAAGCCAAGGGAGCCAUUGCACCUCAUGGGUCCUGGGAAGCCAUCUGAAUGCAGCUGGCAGAGCCUCCAGGAAAAGCUGCCACCCUCCCACCCCGGGAAGGCCACUGGCAGUGACUGCAAAGGCCGAGGCAAGCCUCUGCGCCCCAUGAGCCCAACACGACCACUGGAGCAGGACUGGAGGGGUCGAGGGGAUGCCCACCAAGGGCAGUCAUGGGAGAAGGACUGGAAGCGCCAAGAGAAGCCCAUGUGCCAUGCAAACAUGAUGCACCAGUUGGAAAAGAACUGGAAAAGCCCUGUUAGAUGUCUGGAUGUAAGACUGCGGCCUGAUGACAGCUGGAAAAGGCCAGAAAGUCCAACAGAGCAGCUCGAGGAUGACUGGAAGGGUCUCGAGCACACCCAAGACACAAACAACGCAGAAAAGCCAUUGGAAAGCAACUGGGAGAACAAGGGGCUUCUCAUUUAUCACUCCCAGUUGGGUGGAGGCACCUUCCCACCACAAAGCGGCUCCUCGGGAAGCACACAGCCACACUCGAAUGCCAGUGAGAAGCGCAAAAAGCCGGAUCUCCUCAAUUUCAAGAAGGGAUGGAUGUCCAUCCUGGAUGAGCCAGGAGAGUGGAAGAAACAUUGGUUUGUGCUGACUGACUCGAGCCUGAGGUAUUACCGAGACUCGAACGCGGAGGAGGCUGACGACCUCGAUGGAGAAAUCGACCUCCGCUCCUGCACGGAUGUGACAGAGUUUGCAGUGCAGCGCAACUACGGCUUCCAAAUACACACGAAGGAUGCUGUCUUCACCCUGUCAGCGAUGACCUCAGGCAUCCGGCGCAACUGGAUUGAGGCCUUGAGGAAGAAUGUGCGACCGGUCAGCGCUCCAGAUGUCACCAAGCUCUCUGACUGCGAUAAAGAGAACUCCUUCCGUAACUGCGUCUCUCAAAAGGGCUCGCUCCGGACAGAGGAGCAGCAGCGACCAGGCUCGGGCUCCGAGGGGAACUUGAAGGGCAGUCACUGGAAGGCAGAUGGGCAGCACCAUGCCUUUGACUACGUGGAACUGUCUCCCUUGCCGCAGGACCCUGGUAAUCAGGGGUCCCCACAGAGGACAAGAGGGAGCUUGAGGAUCUCUGACCGAACUCCCAGGCAUGAGGAGCUGGAACGAGAUCUAGCCGUCCGUUCAGAGGAGAGGCGGAAAUGGUUUGAGACCUCUGACAGCAGGGUCUCAAAUAAUGAUGGCCUGGCAGGGGACUCUUCCCGCAAGGCACAGGAGCAGGACCUCCCUUCUCUCCCGCUUUCAGAGGACCAGCGGGUUCGGCUGAAUGAGGAGAUUGAGAAGAAAUGGCUGGAGCUGGAACGCCUGCCCUUGAAGGACAUGCACCGGGUGCCCUUGUCAGCACUGCUGAACCAGAGCAAGGGGGGCCAUGGAGACAGCAACGAAGCACUGAAAAAGGAGAUCCAGUCGCUGCGGGCACAGCUUGAGUCCUGCCGGGCCCAGAAUGAGAGCCUUCAGGAGGUGGUGAAAUCCCAGGGAGAUGGCCAUGUGCCCCGGGGGUACAUCUCACAGGAGGCCUGCGAGCGCAGCCUGGCCGAGAUGGAGUUGUCCCACCAGCAAGUGAUGGACGAGCUCCAGAGGCACCACCAGCGGGAGCUGGAGCGACUGCGGCAUGAGAAGGAGCGGCUCUUGGCAGAGGAGGCUGCGGCUACAGCAGCAGCCAUCGAGGCGCUGAAGAAGGCCCACCGGGAGGAGAUGAAUAAGGAGCUGGGCAGGACUCGAAGCUUCCAGCAGUGCAGCUCGAUCUCAGAUGCCCUCCAGAAGCAGCACCAGUUGGACGUGGAUUCCUUGAAGCGGGAGCUGCAGGUGCUUUCUGAGCAGUAUUCCCAAAAGUGCCUUGAAAUCGGGGAGCUCACCCAGAAGGCAGAGGAGCGGGAGCUGACUCUGCAGCGCUGUCAGCAGGAGGGGAAGGAACUCCUCAGGAAAAACCAGGAGCUGCAGACUCGGCUCUCAGAUGAGAUUGGGAAACUGCGCAGCUUUAUUUCUUCACGGAGCUCUGGGGAUCGCUCUGCGCACAACAACGAGCGGAGUUCCUGUGAGCUGGAGGUGCUGCUGCGAGUGAAGGAGAAUGAGCUCCAGUACCUAAAGAAAGAGGUGCAGUGCCUCCGGGAGGAGCUGCAGAUGGUGCAAAAGGAUAAAAGAUUUGCCUCAGGGAAAUACCAGGAUGUCUAUGCAGAGCUGAAUCACAUUAAGGUGCGCUCAGAACGAGAGAUUGAGCAGCUGAAGGAGCACCUGCGCCUGGCCAUGGCAGCUCUGCAAGAGAAGGAGUCGCUGUGCAAUAGCAUCAGCGAGUAACGGUCUGCUCUUCAUUUGUUUAUCUGUUCUUGUUUUGUAUUCGCUCUGUUCCUCACUUUCGGGGAAGGGGAGGUUCAGUCCCAUCUGUUGUUGCCUUGGUGAGGAAUCUCACCCACCCCCAACCUCCUCACACCCCUCCCAAAGCUUUUUUGAUGAACGCCCUUCACCUUCCUACCUGAGCACGUUGUUUGGACUGGCUCCUUACAUGCACCUUCUUCAGGAUUUUAUAUAUGAAAAUUAUAUUUUAUAGAGGAUUUUUUGCCCCAGGAAGAAGGGGAAGAAGAGAGGAAAACCUUUUAUUACACCACCAGCAUUUUAUAACCUGAGGAGGAUCUGGUUUUCUACCCCUCCCCAGCCCCGUUGUUCCUGGACACACCUUUGGCACGUAUUCUCUCCCUUCCAAAUGUCUUCAUGGCCCCCCUGGGACAGAUGGCGAGGACCACACUCCCCCUAGCCCCAUACCACCCCCAGGGACCUGCAGAGAGGACAUGCAAGCCAUAGGAGGGAGCUGCCGGGGCAGUCUGCCAUGGAUAUGUUUGCCUGGGACUUCUGAAGGAGGAGACCAUGGCGAAAGUCCACAUGAUCAAGCUCUCUCCAUGACUUUCCUUUGGCUCCUUCAAGAACCCAAAUUGGAAGGAGCCCAAAGCCACAGGGUGUCUCCUUUACGGGGAAGAGGAGCUGUGAAGCUGCUACUGCACCCACCAACCUGCUACCCCUCCAAGGUGGCUCUGCUGUGCCCUCCAACUUUUAAAUUAAUAAAAUCUUCCCCUUUCGCUGAAAAAAAUGUAUUGAACAA